CGGCGGCGGUGUCACGCGUUUUAUCUCCUUACUUCAUGCGCCCGGUGAUCCCGCCAUGAACGGCCGCUUCCGCAGCGCGCCGCUGCUUCUCAUAGCGCUCGUGGCAGGGUUCCUCCCACAAGCUGAUUAUGUCGCGGCCGCAGGAGGAGGUGGAAUGUUUGGUGAUGUCAACAUAUCCGCUAUUUUGGACUCGUUCAGUAUCAGUUACGACAAAAGAGUAAGACCAAACUAUGGAGGUCCGCCAGUGGAGGUGGGCGUCACCAUGUAUGUGCUCUCUAUCAGCUCCGUCUCCGAAGUGCUCAUGGAUUUCACGCUGGAUUUUUACUUCAGACAAUUUUGGACUGACCCUAGAUUGGCAUACAAAAAGAGACCUGGUGUUGAGACAUUAUCGGUUGGCUCCGAAUUUAUAAAGAACAUAUGGGUACCAGAUACGUUCUUCGUAAAUGAAAAGCAAUCGUAUUUCCACAUUGCGACUACCAGCAACGAAUUUAUUCGUAUACAUUAUUCAGGGUCUAUCACUAGAAGCAUCAGAUUAACUAUCACCGCUUCAUGCCCAAUGAAUCUUCAAUAUUUCCCAAUGGAUCGGCAGCUUUGCCAUAUUGAAAUCGAGAGUUUCGGAUACACAAUGAGAGACAUUCGGUAUCACUGGAAGGACGGGCUAUUGAGUGUCGGCAUGAGCAAUGAGGUGCAACUACCCCAAUUUCGAGUGCUGGGACAUCGCCAGAGCGCAACCGUUGUAACUCUCACUACAGGAAAUUACUCGAGACUGGCUUGUGAAAUACAAUUUGUUCGUUCUAUGGGAUACUAUCUGAUUCAAAUAUAUAUACCAUCUGGUUUGAUUGUCAUUAUAUCCUGGGUAUCUUUCUGGUUGAACCGGAAUGCGACUCCCGCUCGAGUUGCUUUGGGCGUGACAACUGUCUUGACGAUGACUACUCUUAUGUCCUCAACAAACGCUGCUUUACCUAAAAUCUCUUACGUAAAAUCGAUCGACGUUUACCUUGGCACUUGCUUCGUGAUGGUCUUCGCCAGUUUACUGGAAUACGCAACGGUUGGAUAUAUGGCAAAGAGGAUUCAGAUGAGGAAACAAAGAUUUGUAGCCAUUCAGAAAAUUGCUUCGGAGAACAAAAAAAUGCCCGUGGAUUGUCCUUCAGUUGGAGAUUCUCAUACCCUAUCUAAGAUGGGAACUUUGGGAAGGUGUCCUCCACCAAGACCAUCAGAAGUCCGAUUCAAGGUACAUGACCCAAAAGCUCACUCAAAGGGGGGAACUCUGGAAAAUACCAUUAAUGGCGGCAGAGGUGCAGAGGAAGACAAUCCUGGGCCCCCUUCUCAUCUUAUCCACCCGGGAAAGGACAUAAGCAAGCUGUUGGGCAUGACGCCAUCCGAUAUCGACAAAUACUCGCGCAUAGUAUUUCCCGUCUGCUUCGUCUGCUUUAAUCUUAUGUACUGGAUUAUAUACCUUCAUGUAUCCGACGUCGUGGCUGACGAUCUGGUUCUUCUGGAAGAGGAUAAAUAGAGGGGGCUUAUUAAAGCCCACUUGUUUGGCCACAGAUUAAAAAUCGUAUAGUAUAUUUGAAACUAUAACAAUGUUUUAACGUAAUGGUUUUAUGUUAAUAAGUUUAAAGAUAAACGUUAUAAGAUGCUAUUGUUCUGAUCGUUUUGUCUU